AUGGCUAGAAGUGGUCCUUCCCGAAUGAAGAAACCUUGUGAUCAUUGCAAAAGAUACUUGGACCAUCCGGAUGAGAAGAAUCAAAGUAUGAGCUGCUUCCUCAGGCGUAUGACUGCCGGUCCUAAACAUAUCAUGAUUGUGCCAAACAAAUUUCUGAAGCAUUUUGUAGGAAAGUUAUCCCAAACUAUCAAGUUAGAAUCCCCUAAUGGCAGCGUAUAUAAUGUUGAAGUUAUGGAAUGUUAUAAUAAGAUAGUUCUCAGACAUGGUUGGGAGGAAUUUGUUGGUGCCCAUCAUAUUGAACAGAACGACUUCUUGCUGUUCCAGCACAUUGAAAACUCUGUUUUCAAGGUUCUGAUCUUUGAUUCCGAUGGUUGUGAGAAAAUCAUUUGUUGUGAUGGCAUAAAAAGCAUCCCAAGUGUUGGAGAAACAAGAGUAGAUUAUGUUGAUAUUUCAAGCAGCUCUCAGUUUGAUACCAUAGGAUCGUCAGGGAAACUUUCCAGUCGACAUGAGGAAACUUUGAAGAUGACUGUAACAUCCUCGUCAUCUGGUGGCUCAGGAGAAGACAUUCCAUCUGAAAAUGAAUCUUUUGAGUCAGAUGAUCUUCAGGCACCAGGGGCUGAUUAUAUUGUAUCACAUCGAACUUAUCUAUCUCAAGAACAAAAGGAGAGAGUAACUUUGCUGAUCCAGGAGAUUCAACCUAAAACUACUGUUUACAUUGCCGUCAUGCGGAAGAGCCAUGUUCAUCCCCCAGCUCCUUCUGUUGAUAUUAUAAAGGAAUAUGCAUUUGCAUAUUUUCCACAUGGAAACGCAAAUGUCACACUUCAGAGACCAGGCAAGAGCAAGAAGUGGCAUCCCAAAUUCAACACAACAAAAGGUAGUGUGUACAGGCUUCAAGGGCAGUGGUUAGACUUUGUCCGUGACAAUGAUGUGCAGGAGGGAGAUAUCUGCGCCUUUUUACCGGAAAAGUUUGGGAGAAGUUUUACGUUUACAGUCUAUCUAAUUUGCGCAGCAGCUACUUGUUCCAGGAGUGAAACUGGUUUUCAAAGGGCUGGCCCAUGCCCUGGUGGAUCUAGUCCAAAUAUGGCUUCAGAAGUUUAUAUUAAGGAGCCAACGGAUGGAGAGCAUGUUUCAUCGGAAAGUGGCAUGAAUGAAAAUUUGCGUGAAUCUCUGGAGAGAGAAGAUUCUGGUAGUCCAUCUCAGCCUCUCUACAUUUUACCAUCCAAUAGCGGUCUAUCUAAAUCCCAAAAGAAGAUUGUUGAAGAAAGAGUGCAAGCCAUCAAAUCUGAAGUUCCCAUUUAUGUAGCAAUCAUGAGGCGGAGCAGCCUUGGGAUGUCUCGGACACCUACACUAGAAUUAGGUUCGCGAUAUGCUACUGCUGUAAAUCUCCCAGCUGGAGGGCAAACUGUGGUGCUCUGGUGCGGGAGAAAUAUAUGGAAGGCCAAUAUAGUGACAACUCGUCAAAGGCAUUAUCUUUCUAGAGGUUGGCACAAAUUUGUUCGUGACAAUGGUCUAGGUCUUGGUGAUAUCUGUCUGUUUGAACUGAAGAGAAAAGAGAGGAAGCUUACCAUGAUGGUCCAUAUCAUUCCCAGGAAGGAGCUUUAG